ACUUUCGUAGCACCACUUCUAAUCCGCCAACAUGUCCAAGCGCACGAAGAAGGUCGGCAUCUCCGGCAAGUAUGGCACAAGAUACGGUGCCUCGCUCCGUAAGCUGGUCAAGAAGCAGGAAGUUUCGCAACACGCCAGGUACACUUGCACAUUCUGCGGCAAGAACUCCGUCCGGAGGUCCGCUGUCGGCAUCUGGUCGUGCAAAUCGUGCAAGAAGACCAUGGCUGGUGGCGCCUACACUGUCGCGACCCCUGCUGCUGCUGCUAUGAGGUCAACUCUCCGCCGCCUCCGCGAGAUCACCGAGGUGUAGAGGAGGAGACGGGUCUGGCGUGUUUUUGCUUUCGGGUUUGGUGUCAUGGAAAAGGACAACGGAGGCUCUGCGAUACACUUUCAGCCGUUGGGUACGGCGGGUCCAUCAAUGACAAUUCUUUGCGCAACAACGAGUCUUCGAUUUCGUGUCGCGAUGUCACUUGGAUGAUAUGGUCGGGGACACCAGACGGCGGUGCGGUCUCUCAUUACGACGAUAGCUGGGGAGAGGUCAGCACGGCGGCCGGAUUUAGACCUUCGGGCUGUCAAAUUGACCAUGGCACUGUUGACUGGCCACG